AAACAACAAUAUAAAUACAAAUAAAAAAAUAAAAAAACGCAAUUUUCUCUCAAUUUGUUCCCUCUUUCUCUUUCAUGAUUUUUUUCAACGAUUCCUUCUUCUAUAACUUCUUCUACUCAUUUUUCUCACUUAACCCUUAAUUUCAAUUUCAAUGGCUUCAUCUUCUUCUUCCGUUAUCAAAGAUGCAAAAGUUCUCAUGGUUGGUGCUGGUGGAAUUGGAUGCGAGCUUCUCAAAACUCUCGCUCUCUCUGGUUUCGCUGAUAUACACAUCAUUGACAUGGACACUAUAGAAGUCAGUAACUUGAACAGACAAUUUUUGUUUCGACAAUCCCAUGUUGGGCAGUCUAAGGCUAAAGUUGCUAGGGAUGCUGUUUUAAAAUUUAGGCCCAAGAUAAACAUCACAUCAUAUCAUGCAAAUGUCAAAGAUCCUGAUUUCAACGUGGACUUCUUUAAGCAAUUUAAUGUUGUUCUGAAUGGACUUGACAAUCUUGAUGCACGCCGACAUGUGAAUCGCUUGUGCUUGGCAGCUGACGUUCCUUUAGUUGAAAGUGGAACUACUGGGUUCCUUGGUCAGGUUACAGUGCAUGUCAAGGGAAGAACAGAGUGCUACGAGUGUCACCCUAAACCAGCUCCCAAGACAUAUCCAGUCUGUACUAUCACAAGUACUCCAUCAAAGUUUGUUCAUUGUAUUGUGUGGGCAAAGGACCUACUAUUUACCAAGUUAUUUGGCGACAAGAAUCAAGACAAUGAUUUAAAUGUUCGCUCAAGUGAUGCUGCCAGCUCAUCAAAAAAUGUAGAUGAUAUAUUUGAACAUAGCAAAGAUGAAGAUAUUGCUCAAUAUGGGAAAAAAAUAUUUGAUCAUGUAUUUGGGUAUAAUAUUGAAUUAGCUUUAUCCAAUGAGGAGACAUGGAAAAAUCGAAACAGACCUAAGCCUAUAUACAGCAAGGAUGUCUUGUCUGAUGAAUUAUCUAAACAGAAUGGAAAUCUGGACAAUGAUAAUGCUUGUGGUGAUGGAUUAUCAGUUUCUGCCAUGUCAUCUUUGGGCAUGAAGAACCCACAAGAUGUCUGGAGUCUUAGAGAAAAUUCUAGAAUACUUCUUGAAGCACUGAGACUAUUUUUCACAAAAAGAGAAAAGGAGAUUGGCAAUCUGUGCUUUGAUAAAGAUGACCAGUUGGCUGUAGAAUUUGUUACUGCAGCUGCAAACAUACGGGCUGCUUCAUUUGGCAUACCUCUACACAGUCUUUUUGAAGCUAAAGGAAUUGCUGGUAACAUUGUGCAUGCUGUGGCGACAACAAAUGCUGUUAUUGCUGGUUUGAUUGUCAUUGAAGCAAUUAAGGUGCUGAAAAAUGACAUUAAAAGUUAUAGAAUGACAUAUUGUCUGGAACACCCAUCAAGAAACCUGCUACUUAUGCCAGUGGAGCCAUUUGAACCUAAUAAAUCCUGUUAUGUUUGUUCUGAGAGUCCUGUAUUGCUCGAAAUAAACACAAACCAUUCAAAGUUGAAGGAUGUUGUCGAAAAGAUCAUCAAGGCUAAGCUUGGGAUGAGCCUUCCACUUGUUAUGAAUGCUUCAAACCUCCUCUAUGAAGCUGGUGAUAUUGAAGAAGACAUGGUUGCAAUUUAUAAUGCCAACCUUGAAAAGGUCCUAGCCGAGCUUCCUUCUCCGGUAACCAAUGGUACAAUGCUUACAGUAGAGGAUUUUCAACAGGAAUUGAAGUGCAAUAUUAACAUAAAGCACAGAGAGGAAUUUGAUGAAGAGAAAGAACCUGAUGGGAUGGUUCUCUCAGGAUGGACUCAACCGGUGUCAGCAGAAGAUAAUAAUGAGGAAUCUGUUAGUAACGGUGCAAACACCUCAGAUGCACCAGCAACAGCUGUAGAAUCUGAAAACGAUGAUGAUAUUGGUAUAGUUUCUCCGGUGAAGAAAAGAAAGCUUCCUGAUGAUUCUGAAAAUUCAAAUACUGCUGAUGACGCAAGGCAUCACAAGCAAUUGCAAGUAAUCGAUGAUGAAGACGAUCUUGUUAUGCUUGAUGGGAAUUUAGACGGGUUUAAAAAGAGAAGAGUGUCAUAGUCUUGUGCUUGAACUAUUUAUCUGCUUGAGAUCCUGCACUCUAAUUUUGUAUUUGGCAGAGGUUUGGUGAUUCUUUUGGCCCUAGUUUUUAGGCAUGCUGUUAUUAGUCUUUUGAUCCGGAUAGAUACAUACAACCUUUCUUUCUCCUUGUGUUUUCUCUGUAGCAGCAAAUGUAUUAUUCUUGCUAACGCCUGACAGAGAGGAUCACUGAUCUUGCUUAUUAACUUUAUAACAUCUGAGAUUAGUUAACAAAA